AUGUCAUCGUACCGCAAACAGGUGUACAGAAAUAGACAGCGGCUGUUCAGCAACGACCUGAAGGCGCUGCUAUACGCGUUUGGCGAUUCGCCGGCACCCAACCACGAAACCAUUCAGACGCUCGAAGACGUGCUGACAACGUACAUGAUCGACCUGAUAGUCGCUGCUAACCACUCGAGGCUGGCCCACGGACGCAACCGACUAAAGAUCGACGACGUCAAGUUCGUCCUGCGCAAAGACCCUACAAAGCUCGCCAGAAUCCACGAUCUGCAGAAAAUGGACCGAGAAAUCUCCAAGGCCAAAAAGCUGUUUGACGAAAAAGCACAGAAAAAAGAGUAA